UAAAAACAUUUUUAUAUUCAUCUGAGAAGAAACUAAAGCGAGAUUGAAAAUGACCAAAGAGGAACCAACAGUUAAAACUAUUCGAACUAAUUUUGAGACCAAAUAUGCAGAUAAUAUAAAGAAAGAAGUUUAUGAUAGUCGUGAUUUAGAAGCUAUAAAAUCUGAUGAUGAUCUUGUAACUACAUAUAUACGUAAUGAUAUUCCACCAGAAGAUUUGAUUCAUGAAUCUUUAAAAUGGAGAAAUGACAUCAAAUUGAAUGACAUAAAUGAAGAUACCUUUGACAAAUGGAUGUGGGAAAAGGGAGCUGUGUAUUUUCAUAACAAAGAUAAAGAUGGUCAUAGAAUAUUAAAUGUUGUGUGCAGACAUCAUAAAAAAGAUGCAGCUCUACUUCCUUUUGUGAAGAAGUUUCUAGGUUAUGCAAUUGACAAUGCAUUUAAAGAAGACAGACAUUCUAGAAUAGUGGUGUUGUUUGAUAUGUCUGAUGCUGGUCUGUCCAAUCUAGAUAUGGAUUUAAUAAAGUAUAUUAUAACAUGUUUUAAAUAUUACUUUCCUACAUUCCUAUCUUACAUGUUGAUUUAUGAAAUGCCGUGGAUAUUCAAUGCUGCAUGGAAGGUUAUUAAAGCAUGGUUAAGUCAAGAAGCAGUGAAAGUCAUUAAAUUUGUUACCAAGAGUGAUAUACAGGAGUAUAUAAAUAGAGACCAGAUAUUAACUCAUAUGGGAGGCACUGAUAAGUUUGUAUAUAAAUACCCACCAGAGCCAGUAACAGAGGCAGGAGAUGCUGAUUCCAUGUUGUUGAAUUCGACACGAAAAAAGGUGACAUUUGCCGACCAAGACUCCCAACUUUAUAAAAGUUUGAGCAAUGACAGCAUUUCACAACAGGACACAAACAGCAAUGCCAUUUUUAGAAAGACAACUAUCAGUAGAACAUACAGUUCUAGUUUUAAAAAACAGAAUAGAGAUGAGAAUUCUUUCAUUGGUAGACUCUUGACUAUCAGCCCAGCAGAAGAGUUAGAGUUUGUUGUAGAUGAGAAUGGUAAAGAAAGCUAUGAUGUGAUAUCACUAACUAAUACAUUACCCUAUUCUAUAGCUUAUAAAGUUAAAACUACCUCUCCUGAAAAAUAUCGUGUUCGACCCAGUUCUGGUCUGGUAAGAUCUGGUUCUUGUACAGAGGUUCAUGUCUAUUUACAACCAGGUUUCAGUAGUACAAUAGCUAAAGAUAAAUUUUUGAUCAUGGCCAUGGAAGUUACUAAUGAAACAGCAGACUCUAUAAAUGAUUUAUGGAAAAAGGUUGGAAAAGAAAAUAUUAUGGAACACAGGUUACGGUGUACCCAGACAACUAGUGAUACUGGUGAUAUAGGAGAUCUUAAAUCAGAAAUAGAUAAUAUCAACAUGACAUCAGAUCAACGAUUACUUAAAAUCAGUAGACAAUUAGAUACAAUACAAAGAGAUAAUGUAAUAUUACAAAAUCAUGUUCAAUUGUUAUUGAGAACACAGUUAUUUAUGUUCUUUUUGUUUAUUGCCUUUAUCUCUAUGUUAUGUUAUUUAUUUCAUGAAGAGGUAUUAUCUAUACGACACAGUGGAUGUUCAUCAUCUUUAUUUUAAUACAAGUGCUAAAAUUUCAUGACAAAAUUGUUUCUGGAUAUUCAAAUAAAAACAUCAGUUUCUAUUAGGCAGUAAGAAUAUGUUUUAUAAAAUUAUAGUUAAGAUCUUUUAAGGGAUUUUAAAGAGGUUUUUUAACAAUUCUAUAAGUAAAGUGGACACUGAUAGUACUGAUUUACACCAUUCCAAUUUUCAAUCAGAUGUCUGUGGUUUUUGCAAUUCCACUUAAACUGAGCGUUUUAGGACAUCACUAUCGCUAAAAUACUUAUAGCCGCUUUUGCAAUCAAACACUUACUUUUUGUGGAAAUGCAAGAGUCCCAGACGUUUAAUUGAUAAUUGGAAUGGUGCAAAAAAGUUUAGAAAACCUCUUAACAAUCCCUUUAAUUAUUGGGGAAAUGAUUAGCGCUUGAAAAAUUUUAGCAGCUGCAACACUAAAAUCAAGUUAAUUUUAUUGUCCAGUAAAUGUCCACUCAAACAACUUGGUUUAUAUUCAAUAUGUUUAAUAACAUUUUUAUUUGAGAGUGGUUUUUCAAUGAGUGUAAGAAAGAUUUUACAAAUGUGUAAAAUGUGUAAAAUGUUUAGCAAAAAUACAUGAUGCUUUUCACAUGAUAUGUAACUUCCUUCCUUAACCUGUAUUUCUUCUCCGAUAUCAAUAUUAAUUGUAAACAUCUAGAGUAAAGGAUGGUAAAUUUGCUACUGAAAAUCUUCUCCCAGUAAUUUGGUAUAAAAGUCAAUGUUCAGAUUUGAGAAUAUCAUGAUGUGGAAGCUAUAUUUUUAUCAAAUUAGGUUUUAAACUAAAUGAAUAAGUUUUACUCGCAGGCUGAAAAUAGGAUCAAUUGUCUGAAGAUUGCAUAGCGUGAAACUCUGAGUAACAGUAUGAUUCAAGUUCUAUUAUAAUAUUUCAAAGUUUUGACUAUAAUGGAAAAUAACUAUGCUCCAUAAAUAUUUUUAAAAUUUAUUGAAUGGUUUAGUAGCCCUGUGCCUGUUAAAUAUUCGAAGAGAUGGUGAUUUGAGAAAGCAUGCCUUGUAAGUGGUGUGCUGGUAUAUAACUGAAUUUUAAUUCAAAUUAAAAAAUUGAUAAAGGCAGCUAAUAUUUCAGUUCUAUCUUGAUGACUUUACAUAUUUCAAUCGUCAAGAUAAAACUAAAUUUCAGAGACAGUUAGUUAUAGUUGAGUUUACAAGUGACGUGGGUUGAUCUCAAUUUUCCAAACCUUGUAGAUGCUACCUUCAACUUCACUUAACUAUUUUUUUCUGUUUUAGGCUACCUCGAAUUUAAGGUCAAUGUUUAUUAUUUUUGUAUGAUUUCAAUGGUUAUUUAUUUAUGCAUAAUUUUCACUGAUUAAAGUUGAUUUUGUAUGAA